AUGGCUAGUACAAUCCAAAAGGAGACGAAAUUGUAUGUGGCGCUUGUGAAUUCCGGCCUGCUCGUGCACAUAGGCAGAAAUAAUGCACCCGCUGCGAUCCCUGAUACCUUGAAAAAAGGCAAGGAACUGAGCCCACCACAGAGGGAGAAACUGAAUGGGAUAGUGGACAGCCAGCUGGGUUCUCUUAGAAAGGCCGAGGGCAAUGUUGUCGAAGAAGAGGAGUUCAAAGAUGACCCGGAAAAGUUGAGGGAGCGUCUGGUUUCCCUAAGGGAAAUUGUUCUUUUCAAGAAUCCUGAAGACACAGAAACCCUUCUGCUAAGGAUUGAGGAGGCCGCAAAGAUUCUGAACGUGGAUAUUGACGGAAGUGGAGGAAGUGGGAGUGUGAGAGAGACAGAGGAAGAUGAAGGAGGACAAGGUGAAACGGGCGAGCAGGGAAGUAAAGAGGAGGAACAGGGGGAGAAGGAUCAGAGAGAGGAAGAAAGCGUGGAUAUUAACGGAAGUGGAGGUAGUGGGAGUGUGAGAGAGACAGGGGAAGAUGAAGGAGGACAAGGUGAAACGGGCGAGCAGGGAAGUAAAGAGGAGGAACAGGGGGAGAAGAAUAAGAGAGAGGAAGAAAAGGGAGAAGGAAGGGGAGAAGAACAAGAAAGCCAGAGCAAAGAAAAUGGAAACGAUUCUGAAUACGGCUCAUGGAGAGGUCCUGGGAGAGAACGUUCAGCUUCGCCCAUGAGCGAAGAAGCCCAGCAAACACUUGAGUCAAUUCUGCAAGCCAAGUGUGAAGGCGCCAUUGUGGCUCUGCGCCGAUAUCUGGUUUCCGAAUCCUCUGAAGCCAAUGAAGCAGAAUUGAACAAGAUAAACGACAGAAUAUCUGCGGAAAUAGUGGACAAACUGACGUGGGAUGCUGAUGCAACUCAAGGCUUUUGGAUACCAUAUAAGGCCAUUGCAGAUGUGCUGGGAUCCGGAUACGCGGAAGCAAUUGGACGACUUGAGACAAGCCCCCAUGAUGAGACUGCCAACAAAACCAUUCGCGAAGCGAAGCUAAAAUUAUAUCAUAUUUGUCUUGACAGAGGCUUUCAGCCCGCAUGGUUCGAAAAGCUCUUUCCAAAUGCGGAUCAGAAUAUACCGACCGGACCUAAACGUCGGUACGCGGAUGAAAACAUGGAUGCAACCAGCUUCUGGCCGUAUCACUAUCAGAAUAAUGGCACCGAAAUUGUCCUCUUUGAGAAAAGGAAGAAAAUCAAUAACGGAGUCAAAAGUUCCUUCGGAGUCCAGAUCUACGAUGAGGACGAAGGAAAGUACAAAAUCGUGCUGAAACCCAGCAUUGCUAACCUUGAUGGAUGGAGAAUGAGCAAGAAUGCCUUGAAAUUCGACGCCUCCGGGAGAAGAUACGACAAGAAAGAGUUCAUCGAUGUGGACUGGAUCUAUUUCUAUACCACUGUGCCUAUUAGAUCGGCAAAUGCCCUUAAAAACAAAUCAGAUGCCACAACGGAAUUCUGUGUCAAAUUUAAUGGAUCAAUCAUGCCCAAAAUCAUCACUCGGACUACGUUGCGUGCGUUCUGGCCAGAAGAUGCUAUUAACAAAGCUAUGAAAGAUAUGAGUGAAAGAGAUGGUGUAACUUUGCCGUGGGAAAUGACUGCCAACAAUAUUUAUGUCCCUAUGAACGAUUCCCGCGGUGCCAAAGUUGGAGAGCGAAGAACAAACAUGCAAGACCUGGUAGAAAUGCUGCAUGGUCUCAAAUUUUCUAACGACGGAGCCAUGAAUGGGGGAAAAGCUCCACUUGGGUCGAAAUUGGGAAGCGACGAACUGUCUUCCAUCCGCAACGAGAUGGAUUCCAGAAUUGGAGCUAUUCAUUCAAGGGUAGACAUGAUGGAGAAAGAUGUGACAGACAUCAAAGAACAAAUGGUCACCCAAAAAUAUAUGGAAGUGCAGCUUGGGAAGCUCAUGGAUUUGGUGGCAUCAAGGUCCUGA